AUGUUGUUCCCUGAAGAAGAUGCCGCAGCUGUGAAGCAGUGGCUCAUACGAGAACUAGAACCAUUAUGUGAUGCAGAUCCAGACGUUCUCGCGGACUAUGUGUUGGCGCUAUUCAAAAAUGACACAGGCGAGGACGAGCUCGUUGCUAUGUUGAAUGAACAGCUCGUCGACUUUCUUGAAGGAAAUACUGAAUCGUUUGUUCGCAAGGCUGUAGACACGUUAAAAAACCGCUCCUAUACUGCGGGUGCAGGUCAGACCCGCAAGCGUGAGGAUGUGGAAGAUAUCGAGGUUGAAGAGGAACAUGAUGACCAACCUAGCAAACGCCAAGCAUACGACGCGCAUGAUGCGCAGGAGCCCCAUGAUGUCCAGAAUUCUAAUAAUGCGAACGAUGAGCAGCAAACAGCAACGUCGCAGGGCGAAGGCGGUGAGUCACACGCUCAUGUGCAGAGUCGGCCACGUCGAAGUCCGCGUGUGCCUAAAGGAUGGUGUCGUGAUUAUCACACGCUCGGCUUCUGCUCGAGAGGUGCGAACUGCAAGUUUCUCCAUUCAGAUGACAGCAUCAUGGGGACCAUGCCUCAAGUUCCGGCACCACCACCUCCCUUUGCGAUGCCCGCUGCUCUGCCGUUCAUGCCGCCGUUCCCAGUGGGACCGGAUGGAUCGAUGCCUCCCGACAUGAUGGGCAUGAUGCCCAUGCCAGAGCACUUUGCACAAAUGAUGCAACAGAUGCAGCAGAUGGCUGGAACAAAUGGCAUGAUGAUGGGUGGGCGUGGUGGUGGUAUGUCACGAGGCUCGGCCCGCCGUGGCAGCCGCGGUCGUGGCGGAAGUACCCGAGGUGGCUUACCGUCUUCGGCGCCGCAUGCGCCUGUGGCUCGGAGCCAAGAUACGAUUGUCAUUGAAAAUAUACCCUCAGAAAACCUGGAACUCGUGCACGUCAACGACUACUUCAAGCGCUUCGGCACUAUCACCAACAUUGAAGUGGACAAACCGAACAAAAAGGCACUUGUCACAUAUGCCACGCCUGCUGAGGCGGAUCAGGCUCACAAGAGCCCUGAUGUCAUUUUUGGAAAUCGGUUUGUGAAGGUGUAUUUCCAGCGCUUGGAACGGCCCCCUCCAUCCAAGCCGAACUACAUGAACGAUAAAGGCUCCAACGUGUACCUAGCGCCAGAGCUGCGAUCGGCAACGUCGGCGACAAUGACGCCCGCUGACGAAGAAAAACACCGUCUCUUGGAACUUCGGAAGAAGCGACAGACUCUUGUGCACAUGCAGCUUGCUGAGCAAAAGGCGCUCCUGCAAAAGCUUGAAAACAAGGACCUGACGCCACAAGGUCGCAAGAGCAUCAUGACAAUGCUUGAAAAGCUCUCAGCGGAAAUCAAGGGUGCAACAGAGAUGCUCAAGAAAGACAUUCAGUCAUCAAAUGACAUGGGCAGUGCUUCGACAACAGAGGAGCUUCAAGCGAAACUUGCUCAACUCAAGGCAGAGGCAGCCUCUCUGGGUCUUGACACGAAGGGUCAUCCCACAUCUAUGGCCUACCGCAGCGCAUACCGAGGACGUGGAAGUAGCUCGAUGCCAUCAUUUCGCGGCCGUGGUCGUGGCAGCACUAUGAUGAUGAAUCGGUCCAUGACACUUGACAAUCGCACAACAAAAGUGGGCAUCUCCGGUUUGCCAGCUGGCUAUGACGCAAGCAAGCUGCAAGAACAUGUGCAGCAGUUUGGCGACAUAAACUCGAUGGAAUACAACGAUGAUCAAGUCAUUGUAACGUACAAAAACCGCGCGAGCAGUGAACGAGCGAUGCGUGCUGGUGGCUCGAUCCCUGAUGUAGGUAAUGCAUCCCUCGCAUGGGUCGAAGCGCCCGUUGCACCGACGCCACCGUCCCUCGACAACAAUGCUUCAGGAACACCGACAGACACAGCACCAGUUGCGGGUGUCGAGCUGGACGAAGGGUCGGAGCGCGAGAACUGGAAGCGGUAA